GUGAUGUAAGCUGACAUGAUGACGCGCCCGUGUGCAUCAGGUCUGUGGAAGUGGACCGCCCUGGUGCUGAUAGCAACGUCUGCAACAGUGGCUGCUCAAGUCGCUCCUUACGUAGAGGUCAUCUCUGCCUGGCCUUCAGCUAAGCUGUACUAUCAGGAGACCCUGACCCUGACCUGUCAUGGCGGCGGUGACCCCGCUCCGACCUUCAGCUGGUCACGUGACUCGGGCUCCCUCCCUCCUCUCGCAGUGGUUGACGGGACUGCGGGAACCCUGACCCUGGUGAACACGACUGAUGCGGACAGCGGGGUGUACACCUGCACGGCGGACAACGGAGUUGGUACUGCCGUGGCCAACAUCAACGUCACCGGAUGUCCUGAUAUUUCUACCUGCCCAGACUCCAACCCCAACUGUGCAAGCUGGGCUGCAAGUGAACAGUGUAAAAACAACCCACGCUAUAUGUUUCGCAACUGUCGCCUCAGCUGCAACAUCUGUUUUCCAAACCUAGGUGCUCACUGCAAGACCAUACGCCGCGGGCGUUCCUGGGACACGUGGGAAUGCUAUAACGUCACGAGUGUCCCGCGUGCAGUGCAGACCGAGCUUAAUCUUGAUCGCACAUUCUACCAGAAAUAUCUCCACGCCUAUGGUAUCCCCAUCCUUGGCUCUUCUCUCCUCCCGGACGACGCCCUCCGGAGAGCGUGUUAUGACGUGCUGUUCAUGUUAGCGGACAGAAGGGACCUGCGGGACUCCUACUAUAACUUCAACGGGAGGGUUGGCAUCAUGGCCGAAUCUGAGGUUACGCUGAAUAUCCCCGAACAUUCUAGCCUGGACCCAUUUUUCAACCAGCGGGCCAGGGGCUUGGGGGCCACCGUCGCCAGACCUAUAUCCACAGGGGCUGAGGAAAACUUGCUCUGCUACAGCACUGACCGGUACAGGGUUGAAGACAUCUUCAUGAGUGAACUCGCUCACGGCAUAGACCUCCUUGGUUGCCGCAUCUGCAUCAGCGAUUUCAAACCCCGCCUGCAGGCCGCUUAUCGUGCCGCCCUGGCCAAUGGACUGUGGGCUAACACUUACGCCGCCGCCAACAUUGAUGAGUACUGGGCGGAAGCUGUGCAAAGCUUCUUCAAUGUGAAUCACGAGAGGACUCGUCCAGACGGGAUCCACAACCACGUCAACACCCGUGCCGAGCUGCAAGAGUACGACCCAGCCCUCUACUCCAUAGUAGAUGAGAUCUUCCCCUGUGGGAACUUCCCUGUCAAGCGUUGUGAACGAGACUAUGCCAACCACACAAUGAAGAUGGAUUGCCUCUCUAAGAACCACUGGAGGAAGACUGUGGUGGGGAAUGCCGUCUGGGGACAGACUCUAGCAGCCAUCGCUACUACACAAGUGAGCCAGACGCCUGCUGCAAGCACACCGACAACAAGUACAACACGCACCGCUGCACAGGCCAUAGCAGAUACCACUCCAGCAGUGCCAGUGGCUCAGCCAUCUUCAACUGCUGCAGCACCGGCUGUGGCAACAGAACCACCAGCACAGUCCUCAUCAGUGAUAUCCGACCUGACCCUCGACCAUGCUUGGACUGAUCAUCUCACUGUUUUCUGGACAGUCGUGGGCAGUCAGCCAAUAUGGCACUACAGGCUGCGCUACCAGCGGACAGAUGGGUCGACCUCGUACCAGGACCUCUCCCCCGCACCGACAGCGAGCGCCACCUCGGCUACUUUGUCAGGACUGCUGCCCGACAUGGAGUACACCAUCGUGCUCACUUCUUAUGGCAUGGAUGACCGGCCAAACGGAGUUAUCAGGGGGACAUACAGGACGGACUCCAUUGUCGCAAAUGUGGAGUGCGAACAAGACAGCAUGACCCUGUCUAUUCCCCUGGCGGCGCUGCGGGCUGUGGACCUGGAGAGUAUGCACCUUCUGGACCCCAGCUGUGGUGCAACUGUAGAGGGUGAUGCCGUCAAGAUGCACACAAGCCUGCAGGGGUGUGGAACUCGACAGGAGACUUCAGGGGAGGACCAUCUUAUUUUCUACAACGAAGCCAUCGCCAACCAAGUUGCUCAUGAGAAUGGUGCUAUGCGUGGCCAGCCUAUAAACAUGCGCUUCCAUUGCGAGUUCCUUCGUCGGUACGAUGUUUCUCAGGGCGAAAUCAUGUAUCACAUCCCCUCCUCUCGUAUUCAAAUUGUUGAUGCGAACAACACUUUCACCUUGGAGAUGCACAUGUACACAUCAGCAGACUUCAAUGCAAGCUACGAGGCUUCUGAUUUCCCAAUUCAGGUCACACCGUCUGACCGUCUGAACUUCGGCUUGAGUGUGACAUCACCGCUGGACAACCUUGAAGUGUUGGCAACUGACUGUGUCUCCACCCCCACCACCGACCCCAACGACUCUCCAAGGGUCAACAUCAUCGAAGAUAGUUGUGAGGUUGAUGAGACUCUACAGAAGGAAAAUGACCUUUCUAAUGACAAGGCCCUGUACUACAGUGUGGAUGCCUUCACUUUCCCAAAUGCUGCCGAGUCCAGCCUGGUGUACUUCCACUGCACCAUGAUCCUGUGCUUUAAGGACGAUCCUGACUCCCGGUGCAGACAGGGCUGUAACCCAGCACGGCGCAGACGGGCCGUCUCGGACGGGACGGAGGCCAGGGUCCGCCGCGAGACCAACAGGGACCACAAGGCGGAAAUCAGCCAAGGACCGUUCCGGAUCCAGUUCAAAGAAAAAGCAGGGCCAGCUGGAUUCCCGUUGGGAACGGUGAUUGGAGUGUCUGUCGGAGUUGCAGGGGUCAUGGUCCUUCUGACCGUGGCAGCUGUCCUGGUGAAGAAACGGUAUGGCGUGGCUCGAGAGAGCAAGAAGGGAAUGGACACUGUCGGACUUGACAACUACACAUUCCAGCCUUGGGAGAAGAUGAACAAGGCUGUGACUGCUUACACCAAGGCAUAAGAUGUUUUCACAGUCUACCAGAAGAGUUUUAACCUUAAAAUGUUUGUAAAACUUUAAUAUCAAUGGUUAAUUUACCAUUGUCUGUAGACAACUGGUGAAGAAUUGCACAAAUCUGUAGGUCUUUUCCUUAAUAAUGUGCAAAUAUACUUAUUGUCAGCCCUGGAAUUAUCACACAUAGACAAGAAUAACAGACUGUUAUCAUAUCUUUUAUAACUGAAAGCAGAUACAUUGUACAUGAUGAACAUUUACAUACUAGUCUAACAGUGUAAGACAUAGCCAGUACUUAUAUAUCCACAUCUGUUGGAUAUAACCACACUCAUACAGUAGUUAUGAUAAAUGCUUAUCCCUGCCGUCUAGCAUCAACACUGUCGAAGCAUUGUAUGUUUUGUUUGUUUGUUUGUUUGUUUAUCAAAGAAUCUCUUAGUGUUUAGAUACUUCAACUACUCUUCCUAGAGUCCUCUUACAAAUCCUUUAAGCUACAUCAAUUGGUACUAUUUGUGAAAUAUUUUCUUACUAACACUUUAACUACCAUCUACUACUAAUGGUAUGAUAAAUUACAUGUUAAGAAUCAAUCAAUAACAUCAUUUAACAAUUAUUACAUUGUGAAAUAUUAACCUGAAAUUAUCAUAUGCUGGGUUUCAAGGGUACAUCACACAAUUAAUGUACAAAAGUUAGCAAAAGAAAAAAGAAAAAAAAAAGUUUGACAUCAAUCAAUAGCAUUGUUUAACAUUAUUGUAUCAUAUGCAUCAAUCAAUUAUCAAUUUCAAAGCAUUGUCAGUUUAGUAAACUUCAUCAUUAUGCAGACACUAGCAUAGGCUCCCAUCUAAACUUAUACCUUGUAGGAUGGAUUAUGUAGAUGUUUAAAUCCUUGCAUAAAAUAUAUUUCAUGGAAGUUGAGGUCGCCAAACUCUGUGGUAAGGCUUAUCUUGUUUAGCCCAUGAACAAAAUCGAUCAAUUUCAAAUAUUUCCAAAACUGCUUUUAUUAUUAUCUCUAAAAUGUCUGUUUGUUCCAGCAUCUUUAGUUAUCAAUUUUCUGCCAUCAUAGUUAGGUCCAUCUUCUUCCAUUCCUGUCUAGGUGAAUCUGUAAAUAUACGGUAUGUGAAUUUAGAUACAGUCUACCAUUUGUAUUUAGUUUAUGGUGAAACAGUCUGCAGACCAGAGAGGGAAAAUAGAUAAACAGUCGGGUUCGUAGUUGGAAAACUGAAGUCAGGCUCGUUAGGCUCAGGUGCUGGUUUCUAUCUUGUCAGGUUUUCCUUUUGUUAUACCGGUAAUUACCCUGUGGCUGGUGGACAUGAAGGAUUCACCUGACAAAACUGUCAGUGCAAAAAAAAUGCAUACAAGUAGACAUGUCCCAAUUCAAAGCGAAGCUUACCUCUGCUUGGAGAAUUUAACAUAAAGAAAUGUGCACAUCAGAAGAAUUAGCUGUCUG